GGACCACUUCCAAACCAGUCUUCUUCUCAACGCGGUUCCUUUCUGCAUGCAUCAUUCUCGCAAAAAACUUUGGCUUGGACCUGCCCAUGAUCUCACUAUUAUUUAGUCCAUUUGUUGUUGUGGAUAAAAUCAUCAAGAUAAGAUGAGACGGGCGGUAACUCCUGGAGCUGCCAUGAGCAAUGGCUCUGGAAGACACAGCACUGCUCCUCGCUCGGGAGGAACUGUGGCUCUUUCAGCACGAAAAGGAACAUUUGCGGCACGCAAUGACAAUUCCCCUCCCAGAGUAUUGCUGAUACUGGCAUUACUCUUUUCCUCUCUCGUCCUGGUGGCCGUGGUUCCUCGUCUGGUACUCUCCGAUGCAGCCGUGGUUGAUGGAAACAAAAAUCUCCUCAAUGCCUUUCCACCACCAUCUUCCAAUGAUGAUUAUCAACAACCCCCACCACCAAAACGGAAUGUUCCAUAUAUUCCCAAGGCUGGCAAAGUCUUUAUGGAAGCUUACAAGAAGCAAAAACGAAAGGAAAACGCAGUUCGUGGUGGCGCUGCUGCAGCUCCAGGUGCCGUGGAAUUGGAAAACAACAGCAACAAGCGUGACAAUAAGAAGAAAAUGAUGAUGAAAAAGAAAAAUGGUGCCACUUUGGUGGAACAACAACAACAACAACAACAACAACAACAACAGCCAGAAGAAGUGAUGGAGGAGGAUGCACCAGCGCAUUUGGAUCAAGAAGAAGAUGAAUCACAUCCACGACAACGGGAAGCUUUAGAAGAUCAGCAGGAAACACCAAACCAAGAUGAGGACUCUUUAUUGGAAAAUGAUGUGCCAGAAAACGAAGAGGAGGAACCUGCAGUACAACAACCAGAAGGAGAAGAGUCCUUUGGACAACACAAAGAAGGGGAACCCAUUCUAGAACAAUUGGAAGAAGCUCCAGCAGGAGAAGAAGAGGAAGAGGCUCUACCUGCCUCAGUCAAAACUAAAAAGCAGAAAAAGAAAAUGAUGAAAAAGAAGAAAAAGCAGCAAGUCAACAUCAAUAAUGUUGAGGGAGAAGAGGAAGCACCAGAGGUACAACAGGAGGAAGAACCAGAGGAACCGCAACAACAGGAAGAAGCAUCAGAGCAGGAGGGAGCCGAUGUAGAACAUCCUGCUACAGCUGAUGAGGAAGAGCAAGAACAAGGUUCUGCCAUGGAAAGACUUCCUGCAGGAGACAACAACGGCCUCACCAGCAAGACGACUGGUAAGAAGAAAAUGAUGAAGAAAAACAAGAAAAAGAAAGCAGCCGACAACACUCUCAAUAACGAGGAUGCACAAGAAGUAGAUGAACCAACGGCCGAUGCAGAAGAGCCUGAAGCAGAUAAAAGCAAUGCAGUAGCUGCUGUUGCUACCCAACCACCAGAAAUCUAUCCUGCCAAGACGGACGCCCAAGGGAAGCCUCGCAUGGUUAUCUUGCGAUCCGUGGGAAAUCCGUUGCCACCCCGUCAUGAUUUGGAUCAAACCUUGCGCAGUGUCACCUUUAUCCUGAAAAAUGAAAAACAAUACCCAAACGAACAACGGCAUUGGGUUCUGAAUCGCAUUGUCGAUGACAGCAAUCUGAAAGCCAUGGUUGGGCUAUUGGAGGAGUACAACGAACACUACACAGUGGUUCCUUUCAACUUGACGUUGUAUGCUGCCAUUCCCUACACACUACACCAUUACUACGGCACAAGCAAAAAGGCCAAAAAUGUCAUCAAGGAUGCGUUUCAUCAUUGGAGAUUUGAUUGGGGGAAAAAAGGAGAUCCAAAGGAACGACAAUUAAUUGAAGACGCCGCCAGCAACGACAAGAAUCUGUAUCUGACAAAUGUCAAUGGAGCGCGUAAUACAAUGUUGGAAAUUGGUCGCCAUCAAUAUCCUGACGCGGACUGGAUCCUGCCCUUGGACGGAAACUGUUUCUUUACACCACCUGCGAAGGAACAGCUCUCCAAUCAUCUUGACAAGUUGCAGACGCAAAAAAAGGAAACCACGAGCAAGAAAUACGUUGUGCUGCCCAUGAACCGAGUCACGGGGAGCAACGAUGCCUUGCUGGACUACGAAACGUACAAAGCGGACCCUCAGGAAGAGCCGCAAAUUGUCUUUCACAAAACGGCCGAGGCUAUUUUUCAUCCGCUCCUGAGGUACGGUCGACGCAACAAGGUAGAGCUGCUGUCACGACUGGGGUUCGACGGACCCUGGAAUCGAUGGGAAUGGUUGCCCUGGGAAGAAACCAUGCUGGCGAAGACACAACAAGAUGGAAAUACCAAGCCGGUAAUCAAGAAAACAAAGAAAGGCAAACCGGUGCGUCUUUCGCGACAACGGGCACCAUCGGAUCUACCAGAUGGUGUGACGGUCUCCAACAAUUCGUGGGUGGCGCGAUUAGCAUCCGGUAAUUCUGGUUUGGAAGCUGCGGGUCAACUGGUCCAACGGGGCAACUCUCGUAACGAAGGCAUGAACAACAUCCUGUUUCGUAUGGAGGAACGAAUCGCCACUGACAUGUACGGCUACAACGCCAGCAAGGUGGGCACAACGAUGAUGUACUACGACGAAUACAUUCUGCGACAGGAAAGACACAUCUUUCGAAAGCUCACAGAUCGCGAGCCAGUGGAGGGCGACGAAUUGGUUUACGAUAUGCUUGGAGAAAUCAAGGAUCAGGAUGGCAACGCUUUGGUCACUCUGAUUCAACGACUGAUCAAGUGGGCAGAUCACGCCCUUCAUUUCGGACCAUGGGCAGUCACAGACAAGCCUGCAUCGAGCUGUGCACCGAGCGGCGAUUGCCAUGACUAUUUCCACACCGCGCCUUACCAUUGGCCUCGAAAGCACAAAAAUGGAACUAUCAACUACGGCCGAAGAGCACAAUGGCGAGAUGGUCAACGAAUGCCAGGAACUGUGUUGCAUGAUCCCUGGAGUGGUAAUUUUGACCGGACGCGAUUAGCUGACAUGAAGAACAAUGUCACCAUGUUGACUUUGGCUUACUUCUUUACGGGGGAAGAGUCAUACGCCAAGCACGCUGCAAAAUGUAUCCAAGUGUGGUUUCUGGACCCCAAAACUCGAAUGAAUCCUCACCUCAAGUGGGCACAGAUUGCCAUCGGAAGUCCCGAAGGGCGCAACGAAGGUUUGAUCGAGUUCAAAGAUGUGUGCUUCUUUCUCGAUUCCAUUCGUAUUUUGGAGAAAAGCAACUAUCUGGACGCGAAGCAACAAUUAGAUCUGAGAGAGUGGUUCCGUAAAUUGCUGAAAUGGUACGACACAUCCAAUCAAGGAGCCGCUGAGCGGGGAGAACCAAACAAUCAUGGUUUGUACUAUGAUAUAUCUGUCACCUCCAUGGCAGCGUACGUUGGCGACCGAGACAAGUUAUAUUACACUCUUACUCGCAAUCCGGCACGGCUUCGAGAGCAUAUUGAUCCGGACGAUUGGUCCAUGCCGCACGAGAUGAAACGGACAAUGUGCGAACACUACCAGAUGUUUACACUUCAAGGCUGGGAUACCCUUGCCAGGAUUGGUCGGGCGGUCGGUGUUGACCUGUGGAACACAGAGCAUCCUGAUAUUGCUGGAAGGAAAGAAAAGUAUCAGUUGCCCGUUGAUCGAACUUUCCCAGUUCCGUCCAACAGCACGCCCAUUUGUAGUGCCGCCAGAUUUUCCAUACCGCACUUGCGCAAGAGAAAGCGAUGCCCAGCGGAAAAGAACAUCAAGCCAGCCGAAGGGCAGAGGUGGUGGCCUCUUGUCAUUAGCUCGUUGGAGUUCUGCCCGGGAAUCCUUCCGCGCAGAGAAGAUGGAUCAUACCCAUUUGUUUCACCAAAAGCUUUCAAGUGGUUGCUACCAGAGGAGAGUCGCACUGUCCCCACUAGCCGGUAUAGUAUGCCAUUCUUCUACUCACCCCAUGAUGGCAUUCCUUGCUUCUGGCAGUUGGGUUUCCGACCUCCAGCCCCCGACUUGCGCAAGAGAUUUGAACUGAUCAGAGAAAAGGGUGUGUAUCUGUUAUAAUGACAGAUCCAAUGGCCGCAUUGGUAGCUAAACAAUGUUAGUAGGGUAUUUUAUUUGGCUUCUUCCCAUUAUUUGUAGCCUAGUUUGUCUUGGAAGAAGGAAGGAUAGGCAUUACGUCGUAUCAUUGCUAGCUUGCCAUGAAGGCUGAAUGGGUGUGUCUGUCGUCGGCCAGAAUUUGAACUAUUUAUUCGGAAAGGGGAGGCGGAACAUCACCGACAUCGUCACUGUCGUGGUUGGAAGAUUUCCCGUUGGUGCGGCCAUUGUUCUCGAGUUGAGAAAUCAGUUGCUGUACUGCUCGUUCCAGUUGUUCCCGAGAAAACCCAUUUACCGCAUUCGCCACUUCUUGUUGCGCAUCGAAUCGAGCCAUGUUUCGUCCAUAUUCUCUUGCGGCUUGCCCCGUUCGCUUGACCUUUUUCAGUGCCGUUUCAAAGUCUUUUUGGCGCACUGGUCGCACGGUGUCCUCGGUGUUGGCUGAUUGUGGUGGCUCCUUUGCUACUGCCGUUUGGUUCUUUCCAUUUUUGGCUGCUGCUGUUGUUGUUGGUUUCUUUGUCGUUUUCUUUUCUCCCAUGACAGCCUUUCUCGAUUCCUCCGCCAUGAUUUCGCGGAUUGGUUCCAUGGCCGCUGCACGACAGAGUUCUUUGAGAUCUGACCCCGAGUAUCCUCUGGUUCGUUCUUUGGAUGCCAAUUCCGGAAGAAACAAUUUGGCGGUUUCGUCCAUGGGUUGAUCGUGCAGCAUGACCCUUAAUAUUUGUUCUCUGCCUUUGGCGUCUGGCAGUGGCACCUCAAACGUUCGUGGCAUGCGUCUCAAAAUGGCAGAAUCAAUCAACUGUGGUCGAUUGGUGGCCCCCAAGACGAGUACCGGUGCCUGAUGACAAUUGGUGGUGAUUCCAUCCCAUAGGGUGAGGAAUUCAGCCUUGAGACUUUCCAUGGAUUUGCUAGCCGAUGGAUCGACCGUGUCACUCAAAAAGGUGUCCUGGAAACAAACAGCAAUAACAAUAAAAGAACUUGAGAACAAUGGCUUGACGAACAACAGACAAAAUACACAUCAUAAGAAUAUACUCACCAACUCAUCAAUAAAAAUAAUGGCCGGUGCCAGUUUGCGCGCCAGACUGAAUGUGGCAGCCACCAACUUGUUGGAUUCUCCCACCCACUUGUUUAGAAUUUUGGAAAGUUUAAUGGGAAUAAAGACGGCAUCACUCUCUCUGGCAAUGGCCUUGGCCAGGAGUGUUUUUCCACAUCCGGGUCGUCCAUAGAGCAAAAUGCCGGAGGGUUGUUGUGUCAAUUUUCCCUGAAACAGGUCGGGUCGUUGGAGUGGCAAAAUGGCCAACUCCCACACUUCUUGUUUGAUAUGAUCCAUGCCACCAAUAUCGGAGAAAUCCGAGUCAAUAUCGUCUGGAUCAAUGACAUCUUCGGCAAUGUGAGUUUCGUGCGAAUUGAGUGGUUUCGCGAGCUGUUUGCCGCGUUUCUUGAGAAUUUCGUUCAAGUGUUUGACGGCCGACGACUUGACCUGAUCCACGUCGCCACCACUCUCAUCUCCCGUCAGCAUUUGUGCCAACGCAUUGCUAAGAUUCCAGACGCUGUAGACAAGUACCAUGACCAACGUCCCCACCACAACGUCCACCAGCAUGGCUUCCAAAACGGUCAAUUCCUUGGGAUUAUUGGCGUUCUUCUUGCCGCUUUCGGUCAUGGCGUUGGCUAUCCUGGUGUUUUCGCUGCCAUCCGUACUGCUACUGCUGCUCCCACCACCACCACUACCAGUCGAUAGCUCCACAUUGACACUGCUCUUGCUCCCUUCUCCAGGAACCCAAGCAGCGGGAGGGGAAGAAGAGUCACGCUUGUGCAAACCAGUCACCUCAUGCAACACGGCCAAUGUAUUCCACAGCAAGUUGCUGCCAAAAAGGGUGUGGUUGGUGGAAGAAUGCGACAUGGUGCCUCUCCUUUUCAAUAGCUAAGUUCAACAAGAGCAACAGACCCGUCACUUUCAGAAUGGCAACUGCUCUAGCUAGUAUCACAACAAUCACAACGCACUCGGCAACCCAUCG